GCAAAUGUCAUCAAACAGUUAUACGCCACGAUAUCGAUCGAAAUCAAUAACUCGAGCAGAAAUUCUUAACUAAAAAAAUGGCAAAUCAGUGUGUUUUAAUCUUCAUUUGCUUGUGCAGCAUUGCGCUGGUCGCUGCAUUGCCACUACAAGACGACUCGCCACUACAAGUGCCACAAGAAGUACAAGCAACGGUGCUCAGCCGCCAUGCGCGCUCACCUGAUGGCAGCGUUGGUGUCGAUGUGAAUCAGGAUGGCGCUUCUGCACACUACAAUCAAAACAUCUACAGCAGCGAUGAUGGCAACUUCAAAGUGGACGCACAAGCACAAGCCACGCACGAUUUUCAUAGCAAUGACAACUCCUUUGGCGGUUCAAUCUCUGGCUCAUACAGUUGGUAAAUUGUGAAAUUUAAACAAAAUUGAAAAA